AUGGAUGAGAAAAUAUUUUUUUUGCAAACUUAUGAAAAUAUACAUGAAGGGACACUCCCAUCGCCACUAAUAAAACAUUCGAAUGAAUGUAAACGCUUAAAUAAUAAAAGGAAAAAAAAAAAUGAACAUUUAGCUAGUUCUACUAUUUCAAAGGAAGAAUCAAAUAAAAGUGAACUUAUCCCAAUAAGCCAUAAUCCAAACAAUAGUGACGAUAAAAAUGGCGACACCUACCAAUAUAUUUGUAUAAAUAGAAAUAAAUUUAACGGAAAAUGCUAUCAUAAAAAAAUUCCCAUUAUAAAUGAUAUUCAUUUAAAUUUCACUAUAGCAGAAUCUUUAAUAUAUAUUUUAAAUUUUUACCUUCAAAAAAAUAUUAUAAGUCUUAAUUUAUACAAUAGAAUGCUUUAUUCAUUUCAGAUGGCAAUGAUCGAAACGCUGAACGAGCUAAAGGAAGCAAAAGACAGCAAAUGGAAUAUUAAAGGAACAUUAAUAAAUUAUAAAAAAGAAAAUAAUAUACAAUUAUUAUAUGUUGAAAAUGCAUUUCUUUCAUUAAAUAAUAUCAUUAUUCACACCCCUCUAUUAAAAAUUAAGUCUAUAGAUACAUGA